UUUUUUUUUAGAUUGCCCUGCCAAUGCCGUGAAAAUUUAAAACUUCAGUUGGUAAAAGAAAAUAGAAAUACAUACAUUUAUCGCGUAAAGAUCUGAAAUCAUGUUCAUCGGAUUGAGCCGAAGUGCGAAGCUCGGGACUUUCGAGUCGCUCUCGAAACCCGGUGACCUGAGAUGACUUGAACCUUCCGUAUGCGAUGGUAUUGUUUGUGCGAAAGGAGACGAAGGUGUUUUCGUUUCUUCCUUCGCGUUUCUUCACCCGUGUUGAGACCAAAAUGCCACCUUCUGGCGACGUUGCCAAGUGGCGUCCUCCGACCACCGGCGGUCAACGUCGUCUCAUGGACGUCAUUCGCCGCCUGCAAGACAAAGCCCUGGACUGUCAAUCGUUGUUGAUUGACCACUUCGUGCCGAAAUCUGCCGCCACUGUGGCGCGUCGCGUGGACGCCAGUGUAAAGAACAGCUUCAAACGACGUCGCAGCGGACGCAACAAGCGUCGCACUGAACUCGGCGUAGUCAUUCAGCGCUCUGCGGAUUUUCAGGCCAUUAGGGAAAAGUAUCAAAGAGCCAUUGACCAGAAUACAACAACAACUGAUGGCUCUUUGCACGUUGAUGGAUGUCGCACGUUGCGAGCCCGGGUUGUGCGACACGGUUGUGACGGUGACGAGUUCUGGCGACGAAGAGCGACUUCCGGAGACGAGGAAGAUCAUCCCCGUGACGUUAGCGCGAUGGAAUUGAAGCCAAGGAUUGCUGCGAGAAUUUCGAUAAUCAACCCGCAACGCGUGCCUCCUACCAAGUCGUCUUCUUCUUCUUCGUCGUCAGCGUCGUCACUGUCAUCUCUGUGCGACGAUGACGGGAAGGAAACUCGCGCGAGAUCCGCAUUGUGGCGCAGACGAUAUGUGGAAAGAAUUUGUGAUCCAGCCCAGAAGUCUAAGAUUCUUCCGUCCCGUUUGAUGCUCAGGCACCGAGACGUGAGACGAGGUCCGUUUGACGGCGGGAUUUGCGACGGGCGAGUGAGACGAAUUGCUCAAAGUUUGCUCGAACAACAAAAACACCAGCGGCAAGUGCUGCAACAGCAACAACAACAACAACAACAACAAUGUCAGCUGAAGCAACAAGCAUCGGUGAAGGAAGAUGACAAGUUGUUGGGUGGUAAUGAUCGACGUGUCUCGACGCAGAGUUCUGAGAGCCACGGAUCUGACAGCUCUGGUUAUUGUUCGGGCGUUGACAUUAGUCCGUCGGACAGGUUGCAGAACUUGAUGCAACGUGCCGGGCCCAAGGUUGGGUGGCAACUUCGGAUUUUGCGAUUUAUGGGAGAUCAGCUAUGCGUUGUUCGUCAUCAUUUUGACGUGGAUUUUGGAAUGGGGAUCGCAAUAAACUUCCAACAUUUCUGA